UCUCGUUGGCAAUAUCGGAGUCGGAAAGUGGGUGUUGCUUUCGUCACUCGCCCGUUAACUCGCGGUUGCUUGUACUCGGGGUGUCGCGCCAUAUCGUGGAGGGCGGUUACGGAGCAUCGUGGACAGAACUCUCGCUGAACCAUCCUCGAGGAGUCAUGUAUUGAUUUUGGCUCCAUAGGCUAACACUAGCCUUUGUCAAAAUGAUUGGAGGUUUAUUUGUUUACAAUCAUAAGGGGGAGGUAUUGAUCUCCCGAGUGUAUCGGGAUGAUAUUGGCCGGAAUGCAGUGGACGCAUUUCGCGUCAAUGUCAUCCAUGCACGACAGCAAGUACGCUCGCCAGUAACCAACAUUGCCAGAACAUCCUUUUUCCAUAUAAAGCGUGCUAAUAUUUGGUUAGCUGCUGUCACUAAACAAAAUGUUAACGCAGCUAUGGUAUUUGAAUUACUACUGAAGAUCAUAGAUGUUAUGCAAUCAUAUUUUGGCAAGAUAUCAGAAGAGAACAUCAAAAACAAUUUUGUGCUUAUUUACGAGCUGCUUGAUGAGAUACUCGACUUUGGAUAUCCACAGAAUUGUGAUACAGGAGUGUUGAAAACGUUUAUCACUCAACAGGGAGUUAAGUCAGCUACCAAGGAGGAACAGGCUCAAAUAACAUCGCAAGUCACUGGUCAGAUUGGAUGGAGACGAGAGGGUAUUAAAUACAGGCGCAAUGAACUUUUCCUGGAUGUGCUUGAAUAUGUGAAUUUACUGAUGAGUCCUCAGGGCCAGGUUCUUAGCGCACAUGUUGCUGGAAAGGUUGUAAUGAAGUCCUACUUGUCUGGUAUGCCGGAAUGCAAGUUUGGGAUUAACGACAAGAUCGUUAUGGAAUCUAAAGGCAUGAAAGGAGGUGGUGGACUCGGUGGCGGUAGUGAUGAUCCUACAGGCGCUAGAUCCGGCAAACCGGUUGUCGUUAUUGAUGACUGCCAAUUUCAUCAAUGCGUUAAGCUUAGCAAAUUUGAGACCGAACAUUCCAUUAGUUUUAUACCGCCGGAUGGUGAAUUCGAAUUGAUGAGAUAUCGUACCACGAAAGAUAUAUCGUUGCCCUUUCGUGUAAUACCGUUAGUGCGCGAGGUAGGCCGAACGAAGAUGGAAGUUAAGGCAGUUCUGAAAUCAAACUUCAAACCAUCAUUGCUAGGGCAGAAAAUAGAGGUACGCGUGCCGACACCAUUAAACACUGCCGGUGUGCAGUUGAUAUGUCUGAAAGGUAAGGCAAAGUAUAAGGCAUCGGAAAACGCGAUCGUAUGGAAAAUCAAGCGUAUGGCUGGCAUGAAGGAGACGCAACUGUCCGCUGAGAUCGAUUUGCUAGAAACGGACACGAAGAAGAAAUGGACAAGACCGCCGAUAUCGAUGAACUUUGAGGUUCCGUUCGCGCCAUCCGGCUUUAAAGUGCGCUAUUUAAAAGUAUUCGAGUCCAAAUUGAAUUAUUCCGAUCACGAUGUGAUCAAAUGGGUCCGCUACAUAGGACGCAGCGGCUUAUACGAGACACGGUGUUAAUAGCUCCGAGUAAUGUCAAGGCAUAAAUAAUUGUAAAGAAGUAAAUCUCAAUGCCGAAAUCGCGACUGUGAGUAUCGAUAUUGGAUAUUUCUCGAUAUUAUUUCAUUGUAGCGCAUAUUUGAAGCGAAAUAAUCUGAAAAUGUUCGGAUGGCUAAUCCCGAAUUGUACACGAUACGUAGCAAAAUUACGAACAACACAUCGGGAAAGAAAUUCCGUUAUGUUAGCAUACGAUUUAAAAUGGUAAGAAAUUUUUUUUUUGUAUAUUAUGUGUAUUAGUAAGAAGUUUGAUUAAAUUGUCUUUAUUUGACUAUAUUAAUAUAAUUUUUCAGAAGAAAAUAUAUUUUCAAUUGUAAAUUAAAAAUAGAUUCUCUUGGAAAUAUUAAAUAGUUAAUGAUAAUACCAAA